AUGGAGGCUGAGUGGACUCACGACAGUGCCGAAGUACACCGAGCCAAACGACGAUCCCGCGUACAGUCUGCGUGUCAGCGCUGUAGAAGGCAGAAGCUGAAGUGUGACCAAGAGCGGCCAUGCUCGCUGUGCGUUCGGUCCGAGGUUCCUUGCGUAUCAGAGUUCAGGGAGCGACGGAGGAAGCUUGGAUCACGACAAUCCAUUAGCAAUGGGUCCGGACCCUCACGACAUGAUGAGGUUAAGCCUUCUGCUUCUUUACCAGCUGUCAGUGAAUCACCUCGGUCGCAGCCCGCCAAGCCCGUGGUAGACGAGGAUUACUCAAUGUAUACGGAGGGAGAGCCGUCAAUUGCGCCAGCUAGGCAGAAGGCUGUCAGUGUUGACCAGUUCGCCGCGUCAGACCCUCAGUACCUCGAUCAGAGGAUCUCUUCAGCAGGACUAACUCAAGCUAUCAUCGACAACUUCAGCCCCGACACUGUACUUGAUACCUCUACCUCGGCCCUGCCAGGAGGUGUUGGCCGGGUGCAGGAAUCACCCAGUGUCGGGCGUGACAUGGUCACGGUCGAAGAGCUCUUCGGGUUUGAACUGCCAUCAAAGAGGGUAACAGAUUACUUCUUGGACACCUACCUCGCAGCUGUGCAUUGGUUCAUGUUGGUUUUUCAUGAACCGACUCUGCGAAGAUCCUACGAGGCGUUGAUGUCAACACGACGUUGUCCUCGUUCGCGGUCGAAUCAUGCUACUUUCAUUCUGCUUCUACUCUCUCUAGGCGCUCAUUAUGCACCUGAGGAAGACAUCCGGCAGAAGUUUCCGUCUUUCAGCCUCGACACCUUCCGGAGGUUGUCGCUCAAGAGAGUCGAGGAUAGCCUUCAUGCUUUGUACGAUGCUGCAGAGCUAGAGGCCGUACAGGUUUGUGUUCUGCUUGGGUCUUACUACAUGUACCAUGGUCGACCUAACCUUGCUUUCACUGUACUCAAAGCCGGUCUCGGCUGCGCUGAGCUCAUGUCAUUGCAUAGGGAGCCUGCAUGGAGGUGGCUGCCAGAGAUGGUCAAAGAGGAGCGUAGGCGGACGUUCUGGGCCCUGUUUGUCUAUGAUCGGUUUGCCGCCACUAUCUAUGGAAGACCAUGUGGCAUACGGCUCGAAGAAAUUGACGUCAAAAUCCCAGAAAACAUGGGAGAUACCACGAUCCAGCAUCCAACGUUCUUAUCAACUGCGACCAUGCCAGACGGGACCGUCGAACCAGUCACUACUUUCUCCUACAUGAAGUUCAAGUUCAAGUUCUACCAGAUUUCUUCGCCCAUUAUCGGCGAUCUAUACUUUCAUCGAAGCUCGAGCGUGUCAGCAAUGGCGGCCAAAGUCUCGAGAAUACACAAUGAUCUGGUCAACUGGUUUGACAGUCUUCCUCCGGAGCUGAAGCUGGACACUCUGUUCCACGACCCUAACGCCCCCGUCACACCCAAAACCAGGCCUUUCAUGCUGCAAGCAUUGGCGCUCCAAGUUGCUUACGACAAUGUCCAGAUUCUCCUCCACCGACCACUCCUAUCUCAAGACUUGCGAAGCUUCAAAUCUGAUCAGACCUCGUACGACCCCAAUACAUCCACAUCUAGGCCAUCUCUAGACAGGGUUGGGUCGUUCAUUGACGCUCAAAGAUCUGCCCAGGACGUCCACCAGAUUUUAGUAUCCAGCCGGGAUAGCUGCUGGGAGUCAGCCAUGCGUUCUUCAAGGCUGGGUCGAUUCCAACAGUGUCUAGCAUUUGCACGUGAUAGCCACGCGGCUGCGUUCCUGGGUAUAAAUCUCUUCACGGCAGGCAUGGUGCUCUGCGUGGUGGCGCUGAGCAGGCCUCUUUCCUCUCAGGCUCACCUGGCGAAACAAGGAGUGUCUCGAAUUAUGGCUCUCUCGCGCUUCUUGUCAGGCAAAGCUCUACUGUCAGCGCAAACUACAAAGAUCCUGAAGGACCUGAUCCGCCUAAUCGGUGAGAAGGAGAUCAAGGCUAUGUUGUCUGAAUCUGGUGGUCCUGAAAACGCAGGGACUCUGACCAGCGAUGUGGGGAGACAGACUACUAUGCGAUCUCUCGCAGCGACGCCUGCACCAGCAAAUGAACAAAAAGGCUUUGCUGAGGAUAUUGCGACACAACCUACGCUCGAUUUCGCAAACAGUGGCGAUUCAAUGGCGGGUGCCUUCCAACAGGAUUCUAUCUUUGCAGAGAGCUUUGACUUUAGUGGUUUCGAAAAUCUGGAUCUGAACAACGGCAUCGCUACACUUCAGCAAGCCAUGUUUCCAGCGUCUCGAGUCGCAACACCUGAUCUGGACAAGAUGAUCAAUGACGGCACGCGACGAGAACAGUGGAACCGCGACCAAUACAAUGCAGAACAUGCCUAUAUCAACCAGAUCAGUGGUAGCGAGGAUGGCCUGAUCGGCACGGAUUUCAACAUGAUGAAUACCGUCGGACAAACUUGGCUAUGGGACAACCCAUCGUGGUAAAAUUCGCAGUGUUGCAUCGAAGGUCUUGAAACUUUUCAUCAUUUUCCAAUAUACAUGCCUAACCCAAACGCGACCAACGGAUAUCGAGACAAAUGUCUGCUGAGCCCCAUUGUCUGCCUGAGAAGAGUAUAAGGGUAGCAUCCUUUUACAACGGCCUACUCUUGUGGCCAUGAACCAGACAAACAGCACUUGGUGCAGAUCACAGUUCGAAGGAAAUACGCUCCAGUACCAACGCUGCUAUGCAAUGGGCAUCGACCC